AAGUUUCGUGUUUAGUAUUUUAUGAAACCUUAAUUCAGUUUAAUUGUUGAAUGUUGAUAUGGAAGAAAUGAAAAGGGAAGGCCCAGACUGGAGCACACUCCACGAAGAUCUCAUAAUCUCCAUAGCUAAUCGCCUACCUCUCGAAAACUACGUCGUUUUUGCCUCUGUUUGUCGUUCUUGGAGAGCGGUCCUCUCCAAGCACAGUUUCAACUCCUCAAACCACCACCGUCUCCCAUGGCUGAUCCUGCUCCGGCAAAGAACCCGUUCCAACUCUGAAACCAUCCGCAUCAUCUACAGCCUCUCAAACAACAAACUCUACAAGCUUCUUCCACCAUCGCCGCCUCCUCCUCGUCCUCGGACCACUCCGAUUUUCUCCUCUUUGGGAUGGAUAAUGACGGCGGCGGCCACCUCCAACGACCUAGCUCUCUUCCAUCCUCUGUCGCCCGAUCGUUCGAUCGUUACACUCCCCAAUUGUAGAAUCUCGACCGUCCACAAGCUCUUGUUAUCAUCGAAACCGACUUUCCCGCCGCCGUCGGACUUCAUCGCCGUGACGAUCGUUCUACAACCGACGAAUCAAUUGUUGUACUGGAGACCAGGAAACUCGAACUGGAAGAAGAUUCUAACAGUACCGCGUCAUAGUUUCUUCCUCGAUCUCGCUCUUUUCAACGGACGAUUCUACGCCGUCGAUCACAACCGCAGAAUUUACGCCCUAAAUCUCGGUCCAAACCUCCCCGACGAUGAAUACGAUCGAGUGGCUACGUUGAUUUCGCAUCUGAACCUUCCGAAAUGUGACGCACCGUUCGUGAACCCAUACGACGUCGAAAUGUUGUUCUUGGUGGAAUCGGAAGGGUCGCUUCUCGUCGUUCAGGGGAACCGGCAAUGGUGGGGCGAAGGUCGGCACGAAACGAUGGAGUUUCGAGUGUUCGAGGUGGACGUAAACGACGGCGCGUUUCGUAAGGUUGAGAACUUGGGAGACAGGGCUCUGUUCGUUGGGGAUAAUUCGUCGUCGUUUUCGGUCAAGGCUUCUGAGUUCGAGGGGUGUAAGUGUAAUUGUGUAUAUUUUGCUGACGAUUUUCGUAAAUUGGAUAAAUGUUGGGUUAGAAAUAAAGAUAUUGGAAUAUUCCAUUUGGAGACUGGGGAAGUUGAGCAUUUUUUUGUGUUUGAGGAAACACACUCCAAUUAUCUGGCUCCACUGUGGGUUCAACCAAGCUUUUUUAUGUGAAUUUUUGACUUUUUAUUUCCAACAAAAAUAAUUAUUAUUGUGUAAUUUUCUUUUUCUUUUUGGUUUUUUUAUGAAAUAUAAAUAAAAAAGAAGGUUAUGAUGAUA